UUAGGUUUCUAUUCUCAUUGUACAAUAAUAUCAAGUCUUAUUUCUACCAUGAAGUAGAAGAAGCGGACCAAGACCACAGAACUCAGCAUCAGAAGAAGAUCUGCAUGGCUGGUCAAAUUGUCCAGGACACAGAGCUGCCUAUAACAAAGAGAGUGGAUGCAGCUCAUGACCUUGGGAUCCUAGGUUACACAGGAAGUUAUGCACAAGCAAAACAUACAGCAGCACAGUACAUGCCAAACAUAGUGGAGCUCCUGAGAACACCCAAGCUUUCAGAUGAUCACAUCAUUAGAGUACUGGAGGCUCUCAGUGGACUCUGCUUCUUCCGUUUUACCAACCAAAAUAAGGCACAAACACUUGGGCUCUAUUACACCCUACUGGAAUUAAUGGCUCCAGCCAGCAAUGUGUCCACUACAGCAAAGCGCUGGAGCUGCUAUCUACUCAACAUCCUCUGUUGUAAUAACAUUCAAAUCAUCAAUCACCUCAGGAAUUCAAAGGAGCUUCAGAUCAAUCUGGAGCAACUAGCAAUCCUGGACUGGGGCAGCUGGCCUUCCAACUACCCUCAGGAGCUACUCAGCAUUAUAGGGUUCAGGCAAAGCACAAGUCAAGAUGUUUUCCAUGAGGAAACUGAAUUCUAGGUCCA